AUGGGCGAACUCAAGCCGACCGCAGUCCCGCUCCCCAAUUCCGAGCAGUUCUACUUGAAUAGCGAGCAGGGUGAAAGAUACUUGAUUCAAGUAUCUUGGCCGCUACAUUGGCACAGUGACAGCACUUCUUCGUCCGGUUCAUUUCCCAUAAUAUAUAUUGUCGAUGGGAAUGCCCUAUUCUUGACUGCAACCGAGAUCGCCUGGCGUCGCGCACCUGCGUCACAUUUCGCCGGCGGGGGCAUCAUUGUAGCCAUCGGAUACCCAUUGAGCGCAAAGCUUUAUGAUAUGCGGCGACGCACCCUGGAUUUGUCUCCACCAACCGAAACUCGAAUUCCUGGACAUGGAGGCGCCGAUGUAUUCCUUGACUUUAUUCAAAGUGCAGUACGACCCGCGGUCAAAGCCCGAUUUCCACGGGUCUCUGUCUCCAGAGAAGCACUCUACGGCCAUUCUUAUGGGGGGCUGCUUGUACUACACGCGUUAUUUACACGCCCGAAGUCAUUUGAUUGUUAUAUGGCCAGCAGUCCCUCAAUCUGGUGGAAUAACGAAUUCAUUCUGCAGGAAGCGACGGCCUUUCUGAAAAGUGAGCCUUCAAGCGAGAAAUCGCCCUCGCUCAUGGUCUUCUGGGGCUCAGUCGAGCAAAAUCCUCAUCAGUGGGACAAUGAACCUCUUGAAAAAUAUGAAUUAAGAAAGCGAAUGGCCUCGGAUUUCAGAAUGGCUGACAAUGCUCUCAAUCUCUGCGGGAUGCUACGGGGCUGCAAACUGUUGCAUACUGUCCUAGCGCAUGAGUUCGAUGGAGAGGAACACACAAGUGUGAUGCCGUGUUCGACAAAUCGGAGCUUGACGAUGUUCUUUGAAGAUUGGCCUUUGUAUUAG